GGAGUCACUGAGUCUCCUUUGAACCGCAAGUGAACUCCAGGGCUGCGCUCCCGACCCUGCUCCGCUGUUGCUGCUGGCCCCGCUGUCAGGGUGAAGUCUCGCUCACCUCUGGUACCCCAGGGGAGCGCGACCCCCGAGACAGCAAAGGCACGGAGCAUCUUAGCUCUCUUCCCCCGCUGGGUGCCGCUUCCUACCCCUACACCGCUUCAUCCUCCUACCCCGCCCCACCCCCCCAUUUUACGGGUCGGAGCAUGGUUUUCAUGUGACUUUCCCCCCUUUUCAUGGACAGUACCUGCACUUUUAGCAGUUCGGAGCUGGCUUCUGCUUCCCGUUAGUGCUUUGCCGCAGGGACAAAUGCAUACAAAUGCAUUUAGGAGCCUACAGGACAAGGCAAGGAAAGGUCUCCCCUACCACAAAAACGAAACGGCUUCUUCGUUUUAUUGUACUAUGUGUGGUGUGCAUUACUGUUCAUGCACAGGGACAAGGCAUAGAUAUUCUUCACCAGCUAGGCAUUGGAGGCAAAGAUGUAAGACACACAUCACCAGUGACUGCCGUGCCGUCGUCAUCCAUACCAUUACCUCAGAGGGUCCAGUCAACAGAAUUUGGUGCCAUCUUCAAAAACAAUGCCUAUAUUGAGGCACCUCUAGUGAACAUUUUACCAGUUACUUUAAGACAGCCACUGACAGUGCUGAUUGGGUUGCAGUCACAGAAAGCGAACAACGCGUUCCUCUUCAGCAUUCGGAACAACAACAGGCUGCAAUUAGGAGUCCAGUUACUACCUAAGAAACUAGUAGUGCAUGUUGGAGGGAAGCAAUCGGUCGUUUUCAACUACAGCGUCCAUGAUGAGCGAUGGCACUCGCUUGCCAUCACUGUCGGAGACCGAGCUGUCUCCAUGUUUGUUGAAUGUGGAAAGAGAUAUUUUAGUGGAGAGACCACUUCAGAAGUUCAGGCCUUUGACUCUUGUAGUGUGUUCACCUUGGGAAGCAUGAAUAAUAACUCUGUCCACUUUGAAGGGACAGUGUGUCAGCUGGAGAUCAUCCCUUCCACAGCAGCCUCUGCAGACUACUGCAGAUACAUGAAACAGCAGUGUCCCCGAGCAGACGUAUCCCAAGCUGAAACAAACCUUCCUCAUACAGCGGGAAUGCCAACCAGACACCCUGAGCACACUCCCUUGCCGCAAGGAUUUGGUGAAACAGAAUUGCCACAGGAGAUAUUCAUAGAACACACCCACUUGCCCAAAAGAUUUGGUGAGACAGAAUUACCAAAAAAGACAUUCACAGAUCGCACCCCCUUGCCCAAAGGAUUUGGGGAAGCAGACUUGCCACAGAAGGCAUUCUCUGAUUCCAAAAACAUUCCAAAUAUCAGAAACAACAAUUCUGCCACAGCACAUAAAAGCCAAGAGCACCAGAUACCAAGGUCCCAGCUAACAUCUUUCCAUUCAGGAAACGUCUCAGCCGUGACUCUCCCAAACUACGGAAUCAAAACUAAAGAAUUUACCACUGAGGAAGAGACAAAUUUCAACCUGUCAGUGUCUCAUCAUCACCCAAGUGAGGCAAGGAUACAUACAGCUGGAUCAGACAACUUCACCCAACACGGUGAGGAAGUAGUUGGCCCGCCCGUGACUAAGCAAGCAUCAUCUAACAUUGCACACACAAAUCAAGAGACCAUGACUAAUUUCAAGAAGGCUGUCACAGCAGAUCUACACACCAAUGAACUCAUGGAAAUGGAGCAGAUCUUAAACACCACCCUGUAUAGAGUGACACAUGGGCCCUCUGUGGAUAACCACCUUGAACUAAAGAAGGAAGGUGAAUUUUACCCUGAUGCUACUUACCCCACCGAAAUUAGCUAUGAAGCCCAGCCUUACGAUUAUUAUUAUUAUGAGGAUUAUACUGCAAUGCUUGACAUGGAGUAUAUGAGAGGGCCAAAAGGGGACCCUGGACCUCCCGGUCCCCCUGGUCCCAUUGGUAUCCCAGGUCCAUCAGGCAAGAGAGGCCCGCGGGGCAUUCCGGGACCACACGGAAAUCCUGGGUUACCUGGGUUGCCAGGUCCAAAGGGCUCCAAAGGAGAUCCCGGACUGUCGCCGGGCCAAGCUGCUUCUGGAGAAAAGGGUGACCAUGGUGCUUUUGGAUCGGUGGGCUCUCCUGGUCUGCAGGGACAAAAGGGUCCCAAAGGACAUCCAGGGCUCCCUGGGCUCCGUGGGGAACAAGGACUCCCAGGACUGGCUGGUAACAUUGGCUCACCUGGCUACCCUGGCAGGCAGGGUUUAGCUGGACCAGAAGGGAGCCCAGGCCCUAAAGGAGUCCCAGGUUUCAUUGGCUCUCCUGGAGAGGCAGGACAGCUUGGGCCCGAAGGAGAAAGGGGUACUCCUGGGAUCCGUGGGAAGAAGGGUCUGAAGGGAAGACAGGGUUUUCCAGGUGACUUUGGAGACAGAGGCCCUGCUGGUCUGGACGGAAGUCCUGGGCUUGUAGGUGGCAUUGGGCCUCCUGGAUUUCCUGGUAUUAGAGGAGAUGUUGGUCCUGCAGGAUCAAUUGGACCCCCAGGAGCUCCUGGACCAAUGGGCCUCUCAGGAAAUAGAGGACCACCUGGAAUCAAAGGUGAUAAGGGUGAGCAAGGCAUGACAGGAGAGCCAGGAGAACCUGGGUACCCUGGAGACAAGGGUGCCAUUGGGUCACCAGGACCACCAGGGAUAAGAGGAAAGUCGGGACCUCCAGGACAACCAGGUGACCCAGGACCCCAGGGACCAUCUGGCCCUCCAGGACCAGAGGGUUUUCCAGGCGAUAUUGGGAUUCCUGGACAAAAUGGACCCGAAGGACCAAAGGGACACCUUGGAAGCAGAGGGCCCCCUGGACCUCCAGGACUCAAAGGAACUCAGGGAGAAGAAGGACCAAUUGGACCCUUUGGAGAAGUAGGACCCAGGGGAAAACCAGGUCGAAAAGGGUAUAUGGGGGAACCAGGGCCAGAAGGAUUAAAGGGAGAAGUAGGAGACCAAGGAGAUAUUGGGAAAAUUGGUGAAACAGGACCUGUUGGUUUACCUGGAGAAGUAGGGAUAACCGGAAGCAUUGGUGAAAAGGGAGAACGUGGAAGUCCAGGCCCUCUUGGUCCCCAGGGGGAGAAGGGUGUCAUGGGCUACGAAGGUCCUCCCGGGGCUCCAGGACCCAUGGGCCCACUGGGAUUACCUGGUCUUACUGGGGCAAGAGGCGCACCUGGGAGUCUGGGUCCUAAAGGACAAAGAGGACCCAGAGGACCAGAUGGCCUCCCAGGGGAUCAAGGUGCCCAUGGUGCCAAGGGUGAAAAAGGAAAGCAAGGAAAAAGAGGGCCCCAUGGUCUUACCGGUAAGACUGGAAGCCCAGGGGAGAGGGGAGUUCAAGGAAAACCAGGCUUACAAGGACUCCCUGGCAGCCCAGGAGACAGGGGCCCUGCUGGAGAACCAGGAGCACGAGGACUGCCUGGUGAUGCUGGACUUCCUGGAGAGAUGGGUGUGGAGGGACCUCCAGGUACUGAGGGAGAAUCUGGCCUGCAAGGUGAACCAGGUGCUAAGGGAGAUGUUGGACCUACCGGCAACACCGGAGUGACUGGAGAGCCAGGGUUACGUGGUGAACCGGGAGCCCCUGGAGAAGAAGGUCUGCACGGAAAAGAUGGAUUGAAGGGGGCUCCGGGAGGAAGCGGACUUCCGGGACAGGAUGGAGACAAAGGGGAGAUGGGAUCACCAGGAACAACAGGGCCCUGGGGUGCAGCAGGUCAAAUGGGUCUUCCAGGACCAGAUGGAAUUGUGGGAACCCCAGGACAAAGAGGUCGACCAGGGAAAAAGGGUGACAAAGGACAAAUAGGACCCGCGGGAGAAGUUGGACGCCGAGGCUCCCCUGGAAAGGCUGGGGAAAGCGGCCCGAAAGGAGCCAGAGGAACAAGAGGUGCUGUGGGUCCAUUAGGAUUGAUGGGGCCUGACGGAGAACCAGGAAUACCAGGAUACAGAGGCCAUCAAGGUCAACCAGGACCCUCUGGAUUGCCGGGACCCAAAGGAGAAAAGGGCUACCCAGGAGAAGACAACACAGUCCUAGGACCUCCCGGGCCUCGAGGUGAACCAGGCCCAGUGGGGGAUCAAGGAGAGAGAGGAGAGCAUGGUGAAGAAGGCUAUAAGGGCCAUAUGGGUGUGCCAGGACUCCGAGGGGCCACUGGACAACAAGGGCCCCCAGGUGAACCCGGCGACCAGGGCAGACCAGGACUGAAAGGAGAGAAAGGAGCUGAAGGUCCUAAGGGGAAAAAGGGAGUUCCUGGUCCUUCUGGAAAACCUGGCGUUCCUGGACUUCCAGGCCCUCCCGGGCCAAAAGGCUUACAAGGAUAUCACGGAGUAGACGGCCUGUCAGGAGAACCUGGGAAGCCUGGGCUACUGGGAAAACAAGGACUUCCUGGUGUCACAGGCAGCCCAGGAAGAACAGGACUGACUGGAUCCUCAGGUCCUCGAGGAGGAAAGGGCUCAUCAGGCCCACCAGGAAGGCCUGGUGUUCCGGGACCAAAGGGUGAACAAGGGCUGUCUGGUCAACCUGGAAUUCCAGGUAAAAGAGGUCAACAAGGAGCACAAGGUGACCAAGGACCACACGGAGAGCCUGGUCUGAAAGGGCAGCCUGGAGAACAUGGUGAUCAAGGUUUGACAGGUUUCCAGGGAUUCCCAGGCCCCAGAGGUCCAGAGGGGGAUGCUGGUAUUGUUGGAAUUGCAGGCCCUAAAGGUCCUAUUGGGCAGAGAGGAAACGCUGGCCCUCUUGGCAGAGAAGGUAUAAUAGGCCCAACAGGCGGAAUUGGACCCAGAGGUGAAAAGGGCUUCAGAGGUGAAACUGGUCCCCAAGGACCGAGAGGUCAACCAGGACCUCCUGGUCCACCUGGAGCACCUGGUCCAAGAACGCCACAGUCACAAGAAAAUGUCCCCUCGCCAAUGUCUUGCACUCCCCAGCUUUGCUUCCCAGUUUCUCGCAGCGCCCCAUGCACUUUCUUCCAUCGCACGUGUAACAGUUUCUAACUGUGUGGUUUCACGUCAUUUGAUCUGUGCUUGUUCCCUCUAGCAUGAACCUCCAUGGGAACAAUACUCUUUCUUGCUUACAAUUUUCUCCUCAACACUUAUCAAAGUGUUUGGAAAUACAUGCAUGCGGAAUGAGUGAAUUCUUUUCCAAUAUGAAAGCCACAUGUGAAGACAAUGGGGGUGGUGUUUAUUGAUUCUUCCAUCAUCUUGAAUGGCUUUUCCAAUUACCAACCACGACUUGAGAAUGGACUGUUGAUAGGCAGUUUCCAUCCUAUGGGCUUGAAAAAAAACGGUAUCUCAGUAUCAUAAUCUUUCUGAGAUAAAUUCAGAUGGCUUGCCUCACUUGCACAGAUGUGAUUUCCAGAAGGCUGCUUCAUUUCCAAGAUAUUAUUUUUAAUUAUAAAAGACUAUUACAAAUGAUCAUACUGAGUUUUUCUUUUAAAAUAUCAUUUUAUUAAAUGCAGGAACAGAUUGAGUUUGUACUGUUAGUUCUUUUGGGGCUAAUGGUACAUUUUCCAACUUCAGAAAUUGUUUUUAAGACCACAAAAGUAUCAGAUUGAGCUCUUGUGGUGACUACCUCAGGACAGCAGUAUUUUAUUCUACUUUCCUUCCAAGAAUAGAACUGUUAAAAAUUACUACAGUUAUUUAUUCUCUGGUGUGCAAUUUAUUAUAUGGGGGCAUUGUGUUUCAUUCUUCUUCCAUUUGAGAGGUGAUGUGUCAUCCUUUCAUACAGCAGGGACAAACAGCUUCCAUCAGUAAGUUCCCAACCAGGUCCUGUUUGAAGGAGACCUGUGGGAUCAGGAUGAAGGUGAUGUGAUGUUUUUCAUAUAAAAUAGCUAGGUAUCAUUUGCAAGAUCUGUCUUCAUAAGAGUUGAAGAUCCCAUUCAUAUCAAUCUGGUAGCCUUUAACAGCAAGGUUCCCAGAACAUAGUGAACACAGAGUCCUUUAGAACACUGUCUUGACCUUAUUGUAAUCUCAAGUGGUUUUGU